GACAAAUUAGUAAACAUUAUUUAAUAAAAACCGUUCAAUUAAUUAAAGUGGAUAAUAUAUUUACGGAGUUCAAAUUAUAGUAAUGUAAUGAUCGAAAUAAACUAGCUAUUUAAAUAAAAAAUUAAUUACGGCUGUAGUGCAUUCAGUGAAUCUUGGAAACAUGGAAUCGAACGACGAGCAGAAACAGUCAUUUUUGUCCGCCAAGGCUCUUGUUCAAAGCCCUGUGGCAGGUACGCCUGGAGAUGCAAAGAAGGAAGUCGAAGUUGAUGGUCUGAAAAUUACCGAUGAACCUGGACCUGCGGGGCAUGGGGGGCGUGUCAGGGGUCUUGGUUACCUCAAAACUUCUUAUUUCAUCAUCGCGCAGAUGACAGGCGUCGGGUUCUUGGCUCUGCCAAAAGCUCUUGCUAACUCAGGCUGGGGCGGCGUAACGAUGAUCUUGCUCUUCUGCUUGCUGGUUGGGUUCGCCGCGACACGUCUGGGCAAGGCGUGGGUCAUACUGGAGGAGCGCUGGCCUGAGCUGCGACGGCCUGUGCGGCAGCCUUACAUGGACAUCGCAGAGAAGGCUUUUGGGCUUAUAGGGAGAAAAUUCUGUUUUGGGUGUGUGAUUGCCACGCUUAUGGGCUACGGCAUCGCCUUCACUCUCCUCAUCGCAGGAAUGAUGAACAGCCUGGUGACUAGCGUGAGCAUCUGCACCUGGAUCAUUAUUAUCUCGGUCACCGUCUGCCCUGCUACUUUCCUGGAAUCUCCUAAAGACUUUUGGCAGGCAUCAAUUCUUGCAGUCGUCUCUACAUCACUGGCGAUCGUAAUUAUUAUCGUACAGCUGAUCUGUGACCAGCCCCUUCACCCCGACCCGAGCUACGGCGCACCAACCUUCAUAAGUUUUUCUUUGGGAUUCAGCGCAAUUUUAUUCGCGUUUGGAGGGGCAUCGGCUUUCCCAACGCUUCAAAACGACAUGGAGGACAGAAGAGACUGGUGGAAAAGCGUCAUAGUGGCAUUUUCAGUAAUUUUGGUGCUGUACCUGCCGAUCGGUGUGACUGGAUACGCUAUUCUCGGAGACCAGGUUCCCGACAACAUUAUUCUGGGGGUAACUGAAGGAAUACCGGUAAUUUUUGCCAUAGUAUUUGUGAUAGUGAACCUGCUCUGCACCUACGUCAUCUGUAUGAAUCCCAUCGACCAGGCGUUCGAAGAAAUCUUAAAAGUUCCCAACAGUUUUAAUUGGAAGCGGGUCGUGGUGCGUACUUGUGUCGUUUGCUUUGUGACUUUCGUCUGCUUAGCAGUUCCGGACUUUGGUAAAAUACUCAAUCUUUUCGGAGGAUCAACAAUCACUUCCUUGAGCUUCCUCUUCCCUCCGCUCAUGUAUUUACGGCUGGUGGACCAGAAAGGGGAGGGAAAAUGGGAAGAAAAAAAAAUUCCGAUCUACGAGAGAAUUCUGCUGUACUUCAUCGUGCUGGUCGGCUUGGUGGGCGGUAUCACUUCUACGGUUUUCGCUCUGAUGGACAUACUGGACCCGAAAUCUUUAGGGAAAUCUUGCUUUGUUAGUUUCAGUUUAGGGAUUCCUGUGGAUGAGGCACAAAACGUCACCAUGUUUUACGACUCAACUUAAGAUUAAAGUAAAUCUGCAGAAAAAUA